AUGGAUAAGAAAUCAGUAUUUAGCAUUUUUAAUAUAAAAAAAUUGUAUCAAGUACUCCUACUGAAAAAGAUAUCAAAGAAGACAAUGAUGGUUGAUUCAUUUGGAUCUGGAAGCGUUACAACGUUACUAGAAGAAAAUGCAAAUCUACUAUCAAACUCACAGACCUGCACAGAUCCACAAAUUAAUAGUUUUCAGUCAAAUACCAGGGUAAAUGAUUUAGGUGAUAUCGAUUCAGGUCCUGCUAAACCUAUAUUAGAAAAAUACCCUCAGACACAAUUUGGUUCACAAAAAAGAGGUUUUUCUCCUACAGUAUAUACUCGUUUUGAUUGGAUAGAGUAUAGUGUGGUUGAGGACGCUAUAUUUUGCUAUCCUUGUAGAAUUUUUGGGUGUAGAACUGUAGCUAAAAUGGAAUUUUCAACUAAAGGAUUUAGAAAUUGCAAAAAAAUUUUUGGCUCUAGAGGAAUAGGAUUGAAAUAUACUAAAUCAAAGUUGGAGUUGUAUUCUAGUUGUCAGUACCAUUUGACUUGUAUGACAAAGUGGCAUGCACAUAUCCAAUCUAAAACUACUGGUUCUGUUCAUACAUUAGUUACAAAUGCACACCGUGAUAAAAUAUUAGAAAAUAGAGAUUACAUGCUAACAUUAAUUGAUAUCAUAUUAUUUUUGGCACAUCAAGGAGUAGCAUUUAGAGGUCAUAUUGAAAAUGAAACAUCUUUAAAUCAAGGUAACUUAAAAGAAGCAUGCAAACUAAUGGCAAAGUAUAAUCCAACUUUUGCUUUAAAUUAUGCUAAACCAACAAAUCAUACAAGUUGGUUAAUACAAAAUGAAAUCAUUGAGAUAUGCGCUAAACAUGUAAGGAAUACUAUUGUUGAAGAUAUAAUAAGUGCUGGAAUGUAUAGCGUUUCGUGUGAUGAAGCUCGGUAA